CCGCAGGGAUGGAACAGCUGAAGUGUCACAAUAAAAGCCACGGAGUGAAAAUGUGUCUCAUGACAAACAUAUUAAGACAUUCAGUGAUAAUAUGAGGUUUAUGAAAUGCAUGCAGGGAAAAUGUAUCUAUAUACACGUAAUCAUAGAAACCUCUAAUGAUGGGCUCAAAGUCAGAGGCCGUCCCUCCUGAAGACAGACUAUCAGAUGCAGCCACCCUUCCAAACAAAACUAAAGCAGACUACUUAAAGACCAUCAACCCCUCCAGGAAGACACUGUCAUCUCUGGAAGCAAAGCUUAUAUUUGGGGUACUAGAUGAGUGCAUUCAUCAGAUGGAGAUAGUCUCUCUUCUACCCACUUUGCGGAGCUCUCCAGAAGCACUUUCCCAGAGUCUUGGAGAGGAGGUGGUCCCUGCCCUGAUUGAGCACCAGAGGCUUGGGGAAAAGUACCAAGCUAUGGUGCUUGAUGGGAGCUUUGAACAAAUUGAACUAAAGGAACAAUUAGUUAAAUCGACAAAAGCAGUUCAGGACUCCUUUCGUAACAUUAUGCGGCUACUCAAGGCAGCUCCGACCACAAGGGAGGUGCUAAAAGGCAAAGAACCCAACACAGGGGGAGAGAUGGAGUCUCAGAAACUGAAAGAUGGCCUGUGUGAGUUGAGAGAGAUUGUUUUGGAGAGGCUUCUCACUACACCUGCAGAGGAGAGAGAACGCAGAGAGAUGAUGCUUGAAGUCAGUCUACGUCACUCUGCCAACCAGGAGCUGAUAGACUCACUGGAAAAAGAGGUUGCCAGUGCAAUAAAGGACAAGGAUACAGAGAUCUCCACGUUGAAUAAUAAAGUGCAACAGCUGAGAAGCUCACUGCAUCAGAUGGAAAAAGGUUUGGAGGACUUCAUCGUCCGAACUCAACAGGAUGCUGAGAAACAGAGCCAGUCAGACACAAAAACUUCAGAGGGGAAGACAGCUCGUUUGCAGCAGGAGGCCAGUCAACUGAGAGCUCAGCUCAAUAAUGAGACUGCAGAGGACAGAGAGAGAGAACUGGUGCUGCGAAAGAAAAAAUACAAGGAGGAAACCGAGAUUGAUAACUGGAUCCAGAAAUAUGAUACUGAAAUUGGAGAAAAACAGACAGAAUUGGAGGAAAUGACACGCAUGUAUGAAGCAGACAUGGCAGAGCUGACAGCACUGGAGGAACAUUCUGCAGUUCUGGACCUGGAGUAUUCCCAGAUUAUGGAGGAGCGACAGGAGGCUCAGAAGCAGCGGGAACAACAGGAAAGAGAAAGAGAGAUGCAGAGCCAAGCUGCGACUGUCAUUCAGGCCCACUGGAGAGGCUUUCGUGUACGCAAGGCCAUGAAGGCCAACGCAAAGCCCAAGAAAGGGAAGAAAGGAAAGGGGAAAAAAGGGAAAUGA